AUGAAAAGUACUGGCUACGUUAAAGAGUUUAUUGAUGGAGGACGUGAACAACGCAAAAUGUAUAUACAUCGAGAUAAUGCAAGAGUUGGUGAUCAAUUUAUGCGUAAUAUACAACCAAUUGCAUCAAAAGUUCCUUAUAUGACAUGUGUUGGUAACCAUGAAGCUGCAUACAAUUUCUCAAAUUACAAAGCAAGAUUCACAAUGCCUGGAGGUGAUGGUGAAUCACAAUUUUAUAGCCACUUUUAA